AUCCCAUCAUCCGCCAUGGCUGACUUGCUAACGACACGAGCUCCGGCAGCCGUCAAAGAGCUGGUCGCUCGACACCCAAAGCUUGUCAUUUCACUCUCAUCCAUAGCUUCUGUGCUCGCUGUCUCCUAUCCAGCACUCUCCAGAAACUAUCAGGCCUAUAAGGACUUGGGCAAAGGUGCCCUCCCGGUCAACAUCUUCGGCUGGGCGGUGGCGUGCAUGAUACACCCGUUCGGAAGGGAGACACGGAGCACUGCGGUGUAUGAUAAAUAUUCGUCAGAGAGCUGGUUAGGAGAGCCAGACUUCCCAGUCCGCCAGAGUCCUAGGCCAAAGAUGGGAUGGCAUUUCCCGCCGCAAAGGCAGGCCGACCAGAUUCCUUCGGAAGAGAUGAAACUGGAAAUCGUCAAGACAUUCUUCCAGAUAGCAGUCGACAACGUAAAGCUGGUUGGAAUCGCGGGAUCGUUGGCGGAGAGGGUGCACGCUGCUAUGUACGUCCGAGGGCCUCCUCCGCACGCAGCAGCAGCACAGAUCAAGGGCGAAAUCGGGCAUGUGCAUGCUGACGUUGACUAUUCCAUGCACUUAGUUCUAUCGCCUCGGGACUGUAAACUUGUGAUCGAGCAUGGAUGGGGAGAGCGCCAUCCUAUGUCUGGGACACGAGUUUUGCCCGUGGAAGACUUGCUGAUCUAUGCGCCACGGGACCAAGAAGAGCUAGCAGUCGUGCAGAGGAUAAUCAAAGCAUCUGUCGGAUUUAUGACGAACAGUCGGGAAGUAGUGUAAAGGAUAUCGUACCCUCUGAAGUAAUUCUAUCAUCCCAAUUCUUGAUAUGCGGAGUUGUGGC